GGACAGCAAACUCUCUUCGUAUAUUAGAGAGACCCAACAAAAAUAUAAUUACUAUUCCUAUCUUCCUCACCGGCGUAGAAUAGCACCCCCAAACUGCUAACUUACGCACCUCUCUUUCUCUCAUGGCGGUUUCAGUCUCAGCUCCGGUCUUGUUCCUUUGUAACAACCAGAGCGGCGAAUUGUCUCGUCGUUUGGGAUAUAGACCAUCCAAGAAGGUGGGAUUUAGCUCUGGUCGCCGUUCAGUGAGCUUUACUGGUUCCCGUGCGGUGAAAGUUGGAAGAUUUAGGGUUAGGGUUCCGGUUUGCAGAGCUGUGCCUCCUCUCUUGUUCAAAGAUCUCGAUGCUGAUGAUUUCAGGCAUCCUCUCGAUAAGCAGAACACGUUGUUACUAAGGGCUAUACCUGGGUUGAACGAGUUUGGCAAAGCUCUUUUAGGAUCAAUGACUGAACAGAUUAUGCUUCUUGAGAACAUUGGGACUUCUGUUCUUGUUUCCAAGAAUCAGCUCUCUGAUCUUCACGGUUUGUUGGUCGAGGCUGCUGAGAUUUUGAACAUAGAGGCUCCUGAUCUCUAUGUCCGACAGAGUCCUGUUCCUAACGCGUAUACACUGGCAAUUAGUGGUAAGAAGCCGUUUAUUGUCGUCCAUACCAGCUUGAUCGAGCUUCUGACACGCGAGGAGCUACAGGCUGUCUUGGCUCAUGAACUAGGCCAUCUGAAAUGCGAUCACGGCGUGUGGCUCACAUUUGCAAAUAUUCUUACUCUUGGGGCUUAUACAGUUCCUGCUUUUGGGCAAAUGAUAGCUCGAACCUUGGAAGAGCAGUUACUUCGUUGGCUUCGUUCAGCAGAGCUGACUUGUGAUCGUGCAGCACUUCUUGUCGCCCAAGAUCCAAAGGUUGUUGUAUCCGUUCUGAUGAAGUUAGCUGGAGGAUGUCCAUCAAUCGCUGAUCAGCUAAAUGUUGACGCAUUUCUAGAACAAGCCCGUUCAUAUGACAAAGCUUCUUCUAGCCCCUUGGGAUGGUACAUAAGAAAUGCUCAGACUAGUCAACUGUCACAUCCACUACCAGUUCUCCGUGCACGUGAGAUUGAUGAAUGGUCCAGGAGUCUCGAGUACAGAAGUCUCCUUAAACGGGCAAAUCAUAUAAGCACAGUGCAGAAGGUUUAGUGAUAUUGCUAAAUUUUUAAAUGGAAAAGAAAAAACAAAGCAAACAUGUAUAGGUUUCUCUUUUAAUUCUUGGACAGGAACAAUACGGAAGGAACAAAAAAGUAACUAGAGACUGGGGACUCCUGGGUAUAAAUAGGUACUGUAAAACUCUUGUAUUUGUAUAGUGGCAUUGUUGUAUAUCUUAUUAACUUGUGUGAUAGAUAAACGCAAAUGUAUAUUCCAGAAAAACAAAAGCGCCUUAGCACAAAGAUAAAUAGUUGUUUGUAUAACUCACCUUCUAUCUCAGUCUUAGAGGCUUUAAGCUACGAAACUGAUUGUUCCAA